AUGAGCACGCCUGCUACGCUGGAAGCUCUGCGUCGCGUCCGCGAGCUGCGCGUCUUUCUCAACACGCGUCCUACGUACAACCUCACGGGACUGCCACCCUCGCCUACUCCGCUCGCGACGUACUCUGGGAUACUCAGACAACUCCGCUCGGCGUCGAAGAUCGUGCUUGUCGACGAAAGCGUGCAGGUCGCUCAGAAGAUACGACUUGUCUUCCUGAACGAAGCUGAAGCGGAAAAGGCGCGAGAAUUGUGCGCGUCCAAGACGUUUGAGCAUGAGGAGCGCCGCCUGAGACUCGAACUCGAUCCGACGACCAAGCCCGCCGGCUGGAUGUCCUCCGAACGCCUCAUCAUCGACCGUCCAAACCAUCGCGUCUUCUUCGAACGCACUCUCGACCCGACUAGCGCCACGGUCGAUGCGGAUACGUUCAUGCACGAUGAUGAGCAGCAUUGCGAGCUUUGGCGGAGCAUCUGCAGCGUGCUGGAUGCGCAAGAGGCGGGCUUGUUCGAGACGACCGACGAACUCGCCACUCUCAAGGUAGCGCAGGUCGCAGACGCUUCUCCCGUCGAGGUUGCGCCUUCGGAGAAGCCGCAUGGCCAGCCGCGCACGCCCACCGUCGCGCCGGUCCUUCCUCUCAAUCCCGGAGGAGAUGUCUCGGAGGAAUCAGACAUGGAGAUCGAGAGUCGUGAGCCCUCGCCUCUCCCAGAUCUUGAGCAGCAGCUGCCACAACCGCACACGACGCCCGUCGGACCCUCAGACUCGAGCCCUUCCUCCAGCCACAACCCGCCCGCGCCGAACAAUCCUCCGCCGACGCCGUAUGCUCCUCUGCCCAGCCCGUCUCGCUCGUUCUCGGGUCUUCUUCCGACAAACAGCUCGGUCGUCAGCCCUUCCCAGGGUAAUCAGCAGCACGCGUACUCGGACAGUCCGACAAGCCAUGCCUACGCUUUGAGCGGCAUCGGUGACGGCAAGAACGUCAAGAUCUGCGGCCUGCCAACCCCAAACAGCUAUUCGCAAGCAGAGUUGCGGAACUUGUGCGCUGGAGUGGGCGGACUCGAACAGUUUCGGGUGAACCCUGUUUCGCUUUACGGCCAGUUCUGGGCUGCGCUGCGGUACAAGACGGAGGAAGCGGCGAUCGCAGCCGAGAAACUCUUCAAUGGCUUCAUCUUCCGCGGUUCGACCCUGCUCUCACGUCGAUGGGCGCCUAUCGCGACGCGAGACGCGUCCGGUCACUCACCGCAGCUUUGCGUCCUGGCGCCUGCGAGCUCGACUUUUCUCUUCGGCGGUCCUCAGCUCGAAGAACUCGUCUCGUUCGCCGCGAUUGCGGCCGAGCAGCCCAUCGAAGCAGCAGACUUGUCGCCGACACGGAACAAGGCGUUCCUCCUUUUCGCGACCACGGCCCAGGCGAGGAAGGCAGCGCUCUACAUGAAUACCCACAAGGACUCAUGGGGUCGCCGUCUCUUCGCCUUCACCGACGAUGACCGCUCAUGGAACUUCUCAGUCUUUGACACAUACUGA